CUUUGUCUCUCCCUCCAGCCGGAGCUCCAGGUCUCGUCUUCACUGCUCUGUGUCCUCUGCUUCUAGAGGCCCAGUCUCUGUGGCCCUGUGACCUGCAGGUAUUGGCGAUCCAUAGCUAAGACGCCAGGUCCCCCGGAAACCUAGAAAUGGAACCAUUGAAAUUUAGGGAUGUGGCCAUAGAAUUCUCUCUGGAGGAGUGGCAAUGCCUGGACACUAUACAGCAGAAUUUAUAUAGGAAUGUGAUGUUAGAGAACUACAGAAACCUGGUCUUCUUGGGUAUUGCUGCCUCUAAGCCAGACCUGAUCAUCUGUCUGGAGCAAGAAAAAGAGCCUCGGACUAGAAAGACACAUAGGACGGUGGCCGAACUCCCAGUUAUUUGUUCUCAUUUUGCCCAAGACUUUUCACCAGAGCAGAAUAUAAAAGAUUCCUUCCAAAAAGUGACACUGAGAAGAUAUGGAAAAUGUGAACAUGAGAAUUUACAGUUAAGUAAAAGUGUGGAUGAGUGCAAGGUGCAAAAAGGAGGUUAUAAUGGACUUAACCAAUGUUUGCCAACUACCCAGAGCAAAAUAUUUCAAUGUGAUAAAUAUAUGAAAAUCUUACAUAAAUUUUCAAAUUUAAGUGGACAUAAGGUAAGACACACCAGAAAAAAACCUUUUAAAUGUAAAGAAUUUGGCAAAUCAUUUUGCAUGUUUUCAAACCUAACUCAACAUAAAAUAAUUUGUACUAGAGUAAAUUUCUACAAAUGUGAAGAUUGUGGAAAAGCCUUUAAUGGAUCCUCAAUCUUUACUAAACAUAAAAGAAUUCAUAUUGGAGAGAAACCGUACAUAUGUGAAGAAUGUGGCAAAGCCUGUAACCAGUUCACAAACCUUACUACACAUAAGAUAAUUUAUACUAGAGAGAAACUCUACAAACGUGAAGAAUGUAGCAAAGCCUUUAACCCGUCGUCACACAUUACAACACAUACAAUAAUUCAUACUGGAGAGAAUCCCUACAAACGUGAAGAAUGUGGCAAAGCCUUUAAUCAGUCCUCAACCCUUACUACACAUAAGAUAAUUCAUACCAGAGAGAAACUCAAUGAAUAUAAGGAAUGUGGCAAAGCUUUCAACCAGUCCUCACACCUUACCAGACAUAAGAUGAUUCAUACUGGAGAGAAACCCUACAAGUGUGAAGAAUGUGGCAAAGCCUUUAACCAGUUCUCACACCUUACCAGACAUAAGAUAAUUCAUACUGGAGAGAAGCCCUACAAAUGUGAAGAAUGUGGCAAAGCCUUUAGGCAGUCCUCACACUUUACUACACAUAAGAUAAUUCAUACUGGAGAGAAACCCUACAAAUGUGAAGAAUGUGGCAAAGCUUUUAACAAGUCCUCACACCUUACUAGACAUAAGAGCAUUCAUACUGGAGAAAAACCCUACCAGUGUGAAAAAUGUGGCAAAGCUUCUAACCAGUCCUCAAACCUUACUGAACAUAAGAAUAUUCAUGCUGAAGAGAAACCAUACAAAUGUGAAGAAUGUGGCAAAGCCUUUAACCAGUUCUCAAACCUUACUACACAUAAAAGAAUUCAUACUGGAGAGAAACCCUACAAAUGUGAAGAAUGUGGCAAAGCUUUUAGCCAGUCCUCAAUCCUUACUACGCAUAAGAGAAUUCAUACUGGAGAGAAACCCUACAAAUGUGAAGAAUGUGGCAAAGCUUUCUAUCGAUCCUCAAAACUUACUGAACAUAAGAAAAUUCAUACUGGAGAGAAACCCUACGCAUGUGAAGAAUGUGGCAAAGCCUUUAACCAUUCCUCACACCUUACUACACAUAAGGUAAUUCAUACUGGAGAGAAACCCUACCAAUGUGAAGAAUGUGGUAAAGCCUUUAACCAGUCCUCACACCUUACUAGACAUAAGAGAAUUCAUACUGGAGAGAAACCCUACCAAUGUGAAAAAUGUGGCAAAGCUUUUAACCAGUCCUCAAACCUUACUGGACAUAAGAAAAUUCAUAGUGGUGAGAAACUCUACAAACCUAAAAGAUGUAACAGUGAUUUUGAAAACACUUCAAAGUUUUCUAAACAUAAAAGAAAUUAUGCUGGUGAGAAAUCUUAGGAACGUGAAGAAUGUAACAAAACCUUUAAAGGUUGUCACACUUGAUUGUACAUAAGAUAAUUCAUACUUAAAAAAACCUACAAGUGUGAAGAAUGUGGCAAAACUUUUAACCAAUGCUCACACCUUAUUGCACAGGAAAGCAUUUGGACUGGAAGCAAAAUGUUUCAAUGUGAUAAAUAUGUGAAAGUCUUUAAUAAAUUUUCACAUUCAGAUAGACAUAAGAUAAAACAUAUGGAAAGUAAACCUUUCAAAUGUAAAGAAUGUGGCAAAUCAUUUUGCAUGCUUUCACACCUAACUCGACAUAAAAGAAAUUAUACCAAGGUGAAUUUCUGCAAAUGUGAAGAAUGUGAAAAAGCUUUUAACCAAUCUUCAAAGCUUACUAAGCGUAAAAGAAUUUAUACUUGUGAGAAACUCUACAAAUGUCAAGAAUGUGACAAAACUUUUAACCAAUUCUCAAACCUUACUGAAUAUAAAAAAGAUUAUACUCGAGAGAAACCAUACAAAUGUGAAGAAUGUGGCAAAGCCUUUAAUCAGUCCUCACACCUUACUACACAUAAGAUAAUUCAUACAGGAGAGAAACCCUACAAAUGUGAAGAAUGUGGCAAAGCCUUUAACCAGUUCUCAAAUCUUACUACACAUAAAAAAAUUCAUACUGGAGAGCAACCCUACAUAUGUGAAGAAUGUGGCAAGGCUUUUACCCAAUCCUCAACCCUUACUACACAUAAGAGAAUUCAUACUGGAGAGAAACCCUACAAAUGUGAAGAAUGUGGAAAAGCUUUUAACCGAUCCUCAAAACUUACUGAACAUAAAAACAUUCAUACUGGAGAGCAACCCUACAAAUGUGAGGAAUGUGGCAAAGCUUUUAACCGAUCCUCAAAUCUUACGGAACAUAGGAAAAUUCAUACCGAAGAGAAACCCUACAAAUGUAAAGAAUGUGGCAAAGCUUUUAAACACUCCUCAGCCCUUACUACACAUAAGAGAAUUCACACUGGAGAGAAACCCUACAAAUGUGAAGAAUGUGGCAAAGCUUUUAACCGAUCCUCAAAACUUACUGAACAUAAGAAACUUCAUACUGGAAAGAAACCCUACAAAUGUGAAGAAUGUGGCAAAGCUUUUAUCCAGUCCUCAAAACUUACUGAACAUAAGAAAAUUCAUUCUGGAGAGAUACCCUACAAGUGUGAAGAAUGUGGCAAAGCUUUUAAACACUCCUCAUCCCUUACUACACAUAAGAGAAUUCAUACUGGGGAGAAACCCUACAAAUGUGAAGAAUGUGGCAAAGCUUUUAGCCGAUCCUCAAAACUUACUGAACAUAAGAUAAUUCAUACUGGAGAGAAACCCUAUAAAUGUGAGAAAUGUGACAAAGCUUUUAACCAAUCUGCAAACCUUACUAAACAUAAAAAAAUUCAUACUGUCACACCUGUAAUCCCAGCACUUUGGGAGGCCGAGGCAGGCGGAUCACGAGGUCAGGAGAUCGAGACCAUCCUGGUUAACAUGGUGAAACCCCGUCUCUACUAAAAAUACAAAAAAUUAGCCGGGC